CAGACAACUGUAAAAAAUUGGUCCUGAAAUAUGACCUUGACCAUGGUCGUACUUCAUAGCCAGCUAGAGGCAGACAACUCUGUUGAACAAUUAUUGCUUUAUCGGGUGUCUAUUUUUGUUUUUAAUCCCAGUUAUAAAGAGUUAAAACUGUAAGGCUUUUCAUUUCACAAACUAUUUGGUAAAUUUCUUUAACAGAGUAACUCACUUGACAAAAACAAAAAAAUGAAACUUAUUCUAGCAAGCCUUUUAAUUGUUUUUACACUGGUUGCAGGUAAGAAGAGGUUUAUCUUUUAUUUUUAUGAAAUGCAAUUUAUGCAAGGCAAAAUGUGUAUGCUUAAUGUAUGAAAUAUAUUUUAAUUAUAUUUCCUUUUAGAUUUAUGUCUAAAUUAUAUUUGUGUUUUAUUUAGCAAUUAUAUUUUAUUUUAAUUUUUUGUUUAUUAAAGUAUCAAGUAAUAUUUUGUUUAAAACAUAUGCUUAUAAGUUUUUUGAUAAUUCAACAUUUUAAAUAUCUGCUAAUUUCAUGAAAUUUCUCUGUACCUCCGGCACGUAGCACUCCAUUUUGGUUUAAAGCUAAGAACGAUUCAGCCGGCUUGCACCGGUUCUAAAGAACCGAUUUUCAUUUAUUUUAAAUUUUAAUGGGGCUGUUCAAUUGGCGCAUGUGAUCAGUGUACUCUCUGAGCUAGAUGGCUGGGCAUGCGUUCAAAUGGCGCAUGUCAUCAUUGUACUCUCUGAGCUAGAUGGCUUGGCAUGCGUUCAAAGGUGAACUAAGCCAGAUGGCUUGGCAUGCGUUCAAAGGUGAACAUUUCAAAUAUAUAUACUCAAUGUUAACUUUUCUUAUAACAUAAUCUAGUCUUCAGGACCUCUUUGUGUACUUUUUUAUAGGCAUAAACUCCAUGGAAUAAUAAACUAACUUUUGGUAUACAUGAAUUGUUUCAUUUUUUUUAAGGCGAACCGAACAAUUUGUUAAAUAAUUGUUGCAUCCCACAGCUGCUCAUGGUAUAUACAUAUAUACUGUGUGACGUCAACUGCACUCUCUAAUAAUUAAAUUACAUUUGCUAGACUAUGGUGUGGCUUGACAGGCAAUGGGUUACUUAGACAUUGUUACACUCCAGAGGUCUUUUCCUUUUACCACUUCUUGCUUAAAAAAAUACGCAAAACAUAAUAAAUGCACAAAUAUUUUUUUAAAGCAAUAUUUUAGUUUUGCUAGUUGACCAAAAUGCCGCCCCCCCCACCCUCCAAAAAAAAGUCUGGCCCCCAGCGUAACCACCACGUCACCCCUCCUUACGUCAGCCCCCUCCCGUUAUCCCCCUUCAAGGUAGUUCAAUACUACGCGUAUUUUGGGAAUUUCAAAAGUUUUUUUACCGGAAAAACAAAAACUAAUUUAAUUUUGAUCUGAUCAUUUCCCUUUCAGCGUCUCCGCUGCUACAGCACGAGUGCCCCAUGGUGAAGUGUGUCGCCUGCCCUGCUGGGUACGAGGUCAAUGAAGAUGGCUGCCAGACAUGCACGUGCAAGGAAGUGAACCGUGCCGUGUGCUCCGGGGUCAUGUGCCUCAUGUUCUGUGAAAACGGAUUCGCCGUAGGAGCAGACGGCUGUGAAAUCUGUCGAUGUGCUUGAAGUUCUUGCCAUAUCUUAGACAGAGGUCUUAAAAGAUCACUUUAUGUAAUGACGUGUGCUUGACCAAUGCUUCUGUUCAAAGACUGUAAACAUUUUAUUUAAACAAAUGUUAUAUCUUUGUCUGCAUCAAUAAACGCAGGUUACACAUUUAAAAGUAAAACUUUUUAUGUUACUCAUCAAUUCUUUGGUUUGGUUAAAAACUUUUGGAAGAACGGUGGAACGCACAAUAAUG